AUGUCCAAUGACGGAGCAUCCGCGUCGAUGGACGACGAGCAAGUCUGGUAUUUUGGCUAUGGAUCCAACAUGAAGUUGUCUGUGAUGAAGUCCCGAGGCAUUGCGUUUCUCGACGCGCAAGCAGUUUCCGUACCAGGCUACAUGCUGACAUUUGACGUGUAUGGCCUGCCCUACUCCGAGCCCUCAAUGGCCAGCGUGGCGCCGCAUGAGAGUCGCAGCGCGGUUGGCCAAUCCAAGCUCAAAGAACCUCCUCCGGUCCAUGGUAUUGCAUAUCUGCUCUCGUUCCCAGACUUUCGUCGAGUCGUUGGAUCGGAAGGCGGCGGCGUGGCGUACCGGGAGAUUAGGGUGACGGGAGUCAAGUGCAACGACGCAACGGCCGAGAAUAUCACAAUGACGACACUGACGGCUAAGUACCCGAGAAGACCAAAUGCGGCGCCUAGCCUGCGAUAUGUGACACUUUUGCGAGAGGGCGCAGAGGAGCAAGGGCUGCCUGCUAGCUACCAGGAGUAUCUUAACAGUCUUCCAGCUUUUGAGGCAGGGGAGACGUGGCGCAAUCGUCUCGGCGCCUCAACAUUUCUCUGGUUCGGCAGACGAAUUUGUCCGGAAUGGUACGGAAAUUUGAUUCGGGUCGUUUACAACUCAAUGUGGUUGUGGCACGACUAUGUCCACGCACCGAUCUUUGGGAGAGGCGAUGGUGGUGGGAUGUCGCAAGUUGGGCUCUGA